GUACUGGUGGCCCCAUCGGUGGCAAAACGCUCAAGUUUGUAGUGGAAACGCGUUUAUAGUAAUCCCAAGUAUUGUUUUGGUUUAAUAAAUGUCAGAAAUACAUACUUUAAUUAUACAAUAUACAUACAUUUAGUAUACAAGCAUAAUAUUAAAUAUUCAAUAAUACAUUGGUACAAUAAUUAAGCAUAUCUUUUAGAAAAAAUGGCAUCUCGAUUCAGCGGUGCAUUACAAAUUACAAAUUUGGAUGAUUUCAUUACUCCAUCUCAGGAAUGUAUAAAACCUAUAGAAAUCCAAGCAUCAAAAAGAAAGACUGGCGCAAAAAUAAAAAUCGAGGAAGAUGGUACUCCUAUGGUGUUAAAUGAAGCUGGACAGUCUGAGAAGCUACAGAAAGUUGAAAUCACACUUGCUGAUUGUUUAGCUUGUAGUGGUUGCAUUACAUCUGCAGAAAGUGUAUUAGUUACCCAACAAAGUCAGGAAGAAUUACUGCGUGUAUUUAGAGAAAAAAUGUCUCAAUGCCAGAGCGAAGAUGGUACUUGUUCAAUAUUUAUAGUAGUCAGUCUUUCUGUACAAGCAAUAUUAUCUAUAGCAGAACGUUAUAGUCUUAAACCAAAAGAAGCACAACAGAAACUAGCUGGUUAUUUUUAUCAAUUAGGAGCAGAUACAGUGUUAGAUAUGACUGUUGCAGAUGAUUUUGCUCUUUUAGAGUCUGCUAAAGAGUUUGUAGAACGUUUCAAAGCAGCUAAAGAUGGUUCAAAAAAUCAGUUACCAAUGUUAUCCUCUUCUUGUCCAGGUUGGGUAUGUUAUGCUGAAAAAACUCAUGGCAAUUUCAUACUUCCAUAUAUAAGUGUAACAAAAUCUCCUCAACAAAUUAUGGGAUCAUUAGUUAAAUAUCAUUUAGCUGAAACCAUGGGUCUUUCACCAGAACAAAUAUAUCAUGUAACUCUUAUGCCUUGUUAUGAUAAAAAGUUAGAGGCAUCCAGAGAAGAUUUCUACAACAAUGAAAGAAAUUCUAAGGAUGUAGAUUGUGUCAUAACACCAAUUGAACUAGAACAAAUGCUUAACGAGCACAAUUUGGUAUUAAACGAAAUAAACGUGAGGGAAAUUCAAAAACCUUUCGGAUUGCAAGUUGAUAAUAUGAAAAACGAAUUAUAUAGUCACAGUGGUUCAGGAUCCGGUGGUUACGCGGAUUUUAUUCUUCGCUUUGCUGCAAAAUAUUUAUUCGACGAAACAGAUAUAGUAGUUGAGUUUAAGAAUCUCAGAAAUCCUGAUUUUCAAGAAGCGGUUUUUCAAAAAGAUGGACAGACACUUUUAACAUUUGCGAUUGUCAAUGGAUUUAGAAAUAUACAAAAUCUUGUACAGAAAUUAAAACGAGGAAAAUGUCCGUAUGAUUACGUUGAAGUUAUGGCAUGUCCAUGUGGGUGUCUUAAUGGAGGAGCACAAAUUAGACCCCUCAAUAAUAUUCAACCACGUGAAUUAGCGCUAAAAUUGGAAUCUAUGUACCGCGAACUUCCUCAAAGUGAUCCUGACAAAAAUCAGGUUGUUAAGAAUUUGUAUGAGACGUGGUUAGGGGGAGAACACACACAUAAAGCUUUAACAUAUUUCCACACGCAAUACCACGAGAUACAAAAAAUGAAUGUUCCUCUUGCAAUAAAGUGGUAGUUACAACAGAUAAAUGUAUAUUUUAUAUUAUUUGUAUGUUAUUAUACAAAAAUAUAUCUUUAACAUAUUAUUUAAAAUGUAUUAUAUAAAAUGUUACUAUUGAAUGUAAUUUGUAAAUAAUUUGUUAAAUAAAAGUUUGU